AUCAGUCAUUUCCGGUUCGCCAAGCUUUACUCAGUGACAGUGUUAGUACAAACUAGAUCCCAAAAUGUCUUACAACGAAGAUCAGAUGGCAGAAAUGAGAGAUACUUUCUCUAUCUUUGACAAGAAGGGAGAUGGUAAGAUUGAGAUCCGUGUACUGGGUGACGUCAUCAGAGCACUGGGGUAUAAUCCAACACAAGCAGACGUUAAGCGAUACGCAUCAGGAAUGGGUCCAGACCAUCGUAUCAGUUUUGAAGAAUUCCUUCCAAUUGUCCAAGCUGUCAAACAGUACAAAGAACCAGGAUCGUAUGAGGAGUACGUUGAAGGAUUACGUGUAUUUGAUAAAGAUGGUAAUGGUACGAUAAAUUCUGCAGAGUUACGUCAUGUACUUACUACGCUUGGUGAAAGGUUGAGCGACGAUGAAGUAGAACAGCUGUUGUCGGGUUUUGAAGAUGCACAGGGGCAGAUAAACUAUGAAGAGUUUAUAAAGAUGGUUCAAUCAAACUAAAGUAAUUAUUUGUUGAAGAGAAGAAAGCUGUAGUUUUUUUUCCCUGUGUUUAGUAUCAAACACUGGCAAGGGAGCAAACGUUUAUUUCUUGUAUAUGUCUUUUCUCCUUAACCUUGUCUCUCCACAAGUUUCAAUGUUGGUGCUAAUUGGAAUUCAGUGUAAAGAGAGAGUGACCAUUCUGAGUUGUUGGGGUGACAAAGCUAGACACUGGGUGGGUCAAAUAAAAUUUCAACUGACAACUUAUUUGUUUCACUGUAAUUAUCCAACCAUUCAGUGUCCUUGUAACAGUCAUAUUUGAUUCUACAUGUAAACCCAUCUGUCAUUGGUCAGUUUUUUCUAUCACACUUUUCAAGGAGCAGAUACUUCCAAAACUUCCAGUGACAAUUGUUUGAUAAUUAUUUCAUGGUUUUCACCUAUUUGCUGCGAGUAUAAAAAUAAUAUAGUAAAGCAUAAAUUGUUCAAACCUUUAUCGUGGCAUUAUAGCGCCCUCUCUAGUUUAAGUACUGCCAUUGAAAAAAGUGUUUGCUCCCUUUACUGUGUCUAAAAAACAUUACUUUUUUUAGAUAAACCAAUUUCUGAUUGAUAGCUUUUAUUCCUAUUGACAGACCCUAGGACUAGGAGAUGGCGUUUUGAGUUUAGUGAUAACAACCCUGAAAUGGUGGUCUGUAUAUAUAUAUUUGGCUGAUUAAAAAAGUAUAUUACUAAAUUAUGCAAAUGACUUCAUUAGUAUUCAUAUAUAGCUCAAUCACUGCAGAGUAUUUAGAAUAAUUAGUUUUUGUUUAUAUAUUGUGCUCUGCAUAUUUUAAUCUGAUAAAAAUAAAUCAUUGUUGCUACGCGACUUAUCCUUGAAGUUCUGCUUACUAAAUUCACACACUUUUUUUGAUGGUCAAGUUGAUUUUUAUUUUGGAUAUUAGGGGGUUGGAAGAAUUCACUCUCAGGAAAAGACUUGUGUACAGAGAGAGCAUCUAACUCCUCUGUUAAUAGUGACAUUCCAUUUAGUCUUGGGGCCAAAUUACAACUUUCAACUUAAAUCGUCAUAGUUGUACACAUUCAAAUUUUGUGUACAGGAUCAUGUACACUAGCUUGUGUAGGUAACAUCCUUUACAUGAAAGUGGGCAGAACUGUCAGCGAUAAAUUCUCACUGAUAUAGUAGUUUCAUUUUUUGUGCAAAAUAUUGCACCCAUUCCAUUCUAUAUUGUUUUUUAUAAUUCCAUUAAAUAUAAUCUAUUGUAUGAUUUCCCUUUCUGCUUCACUGCUUAUGCAUUUUGUAAUAAAUAUCACUUGAUAAAAA